AUGUCGAACGGAUAUAAUCAAUAUCCAUUUCCAUACUCUCAAUGUUCAACAUCUAGCCAGAUGAACCUCAGCGACCAAAACUUAACAGUUCAACAACUAGGAUAUUUUCCACAACAAAUGCAAACGGGACCACAUCCCGCAUCACAAAUCCAGCAAAAUUUCGCUCCAAGCCAGCUAAACCAGCCAAUGCAGUUAUAUCAACCUCAAUACCAGUAUUCAGUCCAAAGUACAUUACCACAAUAUCAACCCCCAAGCACAUCGAAAGCAAAUGAUGAAGAAUGGCAAAUAGUACCAAAUAAAAAACGUGGGAGAACCAGUCCGGAACAAAACCCCAAACUUAAACAAACCAAGAUAGAUAACUACUGGCUCAACACACCAACAGCAAAUAAAUUUAAUGUAUUAAUCAAUGAAGAGACACACGAAGCAGAUACUGAAGAGGAAAAACAAAAACAGGAAGAGAAGCCCCCACCAAUAUUUAUUGCCGGUGUCAUGAAUAAUCAGAUGCGGCUUGAGAUUUCUAGAUCCCCUAACAGCGAUUAUGAUAAAAACGGCACUGAAGACAAAUGUCAGAAACCACUAGCACGUGUCACGCCCAUAAAAAAAUGUGAUACAACCGACACAUGUGUUACCACUCAGAACUCGACUGUUAGGAACUUGAACUCGUCUUUGAACUAUCCAUCAACAUACCAUUAUAGCAUAAGGAACCGUACUAAUAAGAACAAUAGGGAUCUGGUACCUGAGGAGGAAGACGGUACAGACUAUUCGCCUGACCCUUUUGAAGAUUCAGGUAGUGCGUACUCCCCUAGUUCAGAUGGGAGUAACUCUAGUUUGGAUGUUUCAAAAGAAAAUGUGACAAGUCCUAUUACUGAAGACCAUAAUAAAGAAGACACUCCGUUAACCCAGCGUAUAGUGGCUCAAAAUACCAAAGAUGAUGUAGAAUUAUGCCCAGUGUCAGUAGCCGAGACGAGAAAAGAGAGAGAAAAUAAUGGAAAGAGAAUACGAGAUAAAGGACACUCAUGCUAUUUUUGUCAAAAAAUAAUAUGCAACAACUUUUCUAGACAUGUUGAGAAACAUCAUGAAAAUGAAACGGAGGCUGCUAGAAUCUUAGCUAUGCCCAAAAACUCUAAAAUACGACGGGACGCAUUCGCCAACUUAAUAAGAUAUGGAGACUUUUACCAUAAUUGCGACGUCCUAUCUUUGAAAGAAGGGGAACUUAUUUUAACUAGGAGACCUACUACCAAGGAAAAAGCAUUUAUAUCAUACUCGGAUUAUGGUCCCUGUCCUGAAUGCUUAGGGUUUCUUCUCAAGAGACAGCUCUGGCAUCACUUACGAUAUACAUGUCCUUCAAAGUCGAAGAACGAUGAAGAUUCUGAAAGAGCUUCGGGAAAAGGUCCUAUCGUAGAAAGUGCAGCACUAUUAAAUGGUAUUUUAGGACAUAAUUUCACACCUCGAUUCUUAGACAUCGUGAACCAUUUUCGAAAUGAUGCAAUUUCCAGUAGAUGCAAAGAAGACAACACAAUCAUGCUUUAUGGAGCAUUCCUGUAUGAAAAAUAUAGCUGCACGCAAUCGGAACUUAUAAGGCAGUCUAUGAGACAGCUGGGGAGAUUAACUCUAGAAAUGAAGAGGAAAGGAGAAAGUUUCCAAAAUUUAAGUGAAGUCCUUGUUCCCCAGAAGUUCGACUUGAUUGUUAAUGCAACCAAGGAAAUUUGUAUAGUAACUAGUGAUCCAACAAAAAGGCAAGAAUAUCAAAUCCCAUCUCUAGCUCUCAAAAUAGGAUAUGCCAUAAAAAAGUGUGCAUCGAUUGAACGAGGACAAUGCCUAAGACGAGGAGAUCUGAAAAAAAAUAGACAACUUGUUGCAUUCCUUCAUUUAUUGGACCUAGAAUGGAGUGUUAGAAUUUCAUCUAAUGCACUUUCUACCUUGUAUUCCAGAAAACAGAACGCAGAGGACUUGCUUCCAAUUACUAGUGAUCUGAUUAAGCUAAAUAGCUUUUUAGACUCUAAAAUAAGGGAAAUAAGGAAAGACCUUUCUUCCCUAAAUUAUAGUAAACUUGUCUCCCUUACAUUAGCUAGAAUCAUAAUAUUCAACAAAAGGCGUUCUGGGGAAGCAGCAAAAAUGACUCUUAGCCAAUAUUCGUCAAGACCCAACUGGAAAAAUUUCGGAACAGAGGAACUGAAAAAUUCAUUGACUCCUCUAGAAAACAAAAUUGCAUCUUCGUUAACCAUGGUAAAAAUCAUGGGCAAACGUGGGAGAAUAGUGCCUAUUCUACUUACCAGUGAAAUAAAAGAAACAAUUGAUUUGAUCAUAUCCCAACGUAUACAAUAUGGAGUCCUUAGUGAAAAUCCAUAUGUUUUUGCCAUUUCAAAAACAACAGGAAGUCACAUGAGGGGACAUGAUUGUCUCAAAAAGUGGUGUGAAGAAGCAGACCUUAAUGCACCUGAUUUAGUGACCAGCACUAAACUAAGGAAAUAUGUAGCAACUGUGUGCCAAAUAUUCAAUCUAAAUGAAAAUGAAUACGAUUGGCUAGCUCGCCACCUGGGUCAUGAUGUUCGCGUUCAUAGGGAAUUUUACCGUCUGCAAGAAAACGCAGUCGAGCUUACAAAAGUAAGUCGUUUACUCCUAGCGGUGGACCAAGGUGAAGCUCACAAAUUUGCAGGAAAGGCACUAAAGGACAUAAAUCUCACAGGUAUUCAUAUGGAUGGCAUAGAAGACAAAGAGGCUGACUGCAUAGAAGCAAAUAAUAGUAACGUUGGGGAAGAUGAACAGAAUGAAAAUAUUGCUUUGCCUGAAAUAACAGAUGGGGGAGCUGGAGCAGUGCACAGAAAUGAUCCAAAAAAGAAAUGUGUUAGCUUCAAGCGCAGGCCAUGGACCACCGAAGAAAAGGAAAUAAUCCUAAAGGAGUUCAAAUCACUUAUAAAGAGGGGCUCCCUGCCAGGAAAAGAGCAAUGUACCAAGUUAUUAGAGGAGCAAAUAGUGUUCACAGGAAGAAAAUGGACCGAUGUGAAAUUUUUUGUUAAAAACUAUUUACAAAAAUUAAGAAAAAUAACGAAUACAUUUUCUGAUUAG